GACGUGAAGUUGUAUCAAGUUCAAGUAAAUAAUGCGUGUUAAUGAAGAUUAGUGCUUGAAAGAAUAUAAAGGAAACGUGCAGAGAAGAUGAAGUAGUCUCUCACGAGGUCCAUGUUUUUUGGGUUCUGCUUUCUUUUACGUAAUUGAGGACAUGAAGAUGAGACAUCUUCCUUCUCUAAUCGGCAACAACUAAAGCGUUACGGGAAGAUAUAAACAUCACUCUCAAGUCCGGUUGACAUAUACAUAAAUCUCCCUAUAUAUUAGACUAAUGGGACAAAUAACUCGAGAAAGAAGUUUUUUGAUUCGAUUUGAUGAAAUGGAACCUCAAAUUAUUUUUCUCUAUCUCUCACUUCUCAUUCUCUCCAUAAACUUCUUCUUCACAAAUCUUAAACCGAGGCUAGCCCGUCUCCUCCAGCCUUCUUUGGAAACGCGUGCCACGGCUGCGUUUUUAUCCCGAAAAGAAGUAGCCGAGUUUCUUGAUUCUCCCAAAGACGAAGAAGAUGAAGAUACCGAUUCAGAUGACGACUUGACGUUUGAAUUUGAUCCGUACAUGAUGAGCAAAGCCGAAUCAGUUAACAAAGCUCUAGAGGAAGCCAUUCCAGUCGGCGAGCCAGUCAAGAUCCACGAGGCCAUGCGUUAUGCGAUUCUUGCGGCUGGAAAACGCGUUAGGCCAAUACUUUGUCUCGCUUCUUGUGAGCUGGUAGGUGGCAAAGAGAAUGCAGCAAUGCCAGCCGCUUGUGCGGUUGAGAUGAUCCACACGAUGUCUCUUAUCAAAGACGAUUUACCUUGUAUGGACAAUGAUGACCUACGCCGUGGGAAGCCAACGACGCAUAAAGUAUAUGGUGAAGGAGUGGCUAUUCUCUCCGGUGGGGCUCUCUUGUCUCUUGCCUUCGAGCACAUGACGACGGCAGAGAUAUCACCGGAGAGAAUGGUAUGGGCGGUGAGAGAAUUGGCUAGGUCUAUUGGCACGAAAGGGUUAGUCGCGGGACAAGCGAUGGAUAUAAGCAGUGAAGGUGUGGACCUAAGCGAAGCUGGAUUAGAGCAUUUGGAGUUUAUCCAUGUCCAUAAGACCGCGGUUUUGUUGGAAACUGCCGCGGUUCUUGGAGCCAUUAUUGGUGGUGGAUCUGAUGAGCAGAUUGAGAGAGUGAGGAAGUUUGCAAGGUGCAUUGGGUUGUUGUUUCAAGUGGUGGAUGAUAUUUUGGACGAGACGAAGUCCUCGGAGGAAUUGGGAAAAACUGCCGGAAAAGAUCAGCUCCUCGGAAAGCUAACGUAUCCGAAGUUAAUGGGGUUGGAGAAAUCGAAGGAAUUUGUUAAGAGAUUGACGAGAGAUGCACGGCAACAUCUUCACGGGUUUAGUUCGGAAAAGGUGGCUCCUUUAGUGUGUCUUACUACUUUUAUUGCUAACAGAAAUAAGUGAUUAUUUGUUUUAUUUGUGUGUUUAUUGGGUUUAUGUAUACAUGCUAAAGUAGUGUGUUCCCUUAUUUUUAAGUGUAACCACAUUUUAUUAUGUUUAUUAAAGAUAUAUUUAAAAAGUUGUACAUAACUUUAUAACAUGCAUGUAAAGAAACUCAAACAAAACUACAAUAUGAGCUACGUACAUAUAAUAAACACAUACAAAUACAAUAUGAGCUACGUACAUAUAAUAAACACAUACAAAUUCUUUAGUGAAAAUCUAAGUGUCAAACAUAUAUCAAAAUAAAACACUUAACUGGGACACAAACUGAUAAAGAGGAUUUUUUAAUUUGUGGUGCUUAGUGACGUCUUGCUCUUUUUUUUUUUCUCGCGAACCGGUAAGCACUUCCGCCCCAUGAUGGUUUUGCUUUUAAUUUGCAAUCCUUCAAACUUGUUUUGCUGCGGACACCCUUUUAGGAUCUUAGAGAGGCAGCGGUAGUUGGUCUCACUAUGUGCAUGUACCUCUUAAGAUAGUUGUCACUUUUUCUGAGCAUGCAUGCAUAAAAAAAAAAAAAAAAGAGUUAUGGCCAUUCAGAGCGCAAACACAGCACAUAAUACGUAUGAAGUUUCUGAGUUUGAGCCGGUAAGCAGGAAAUUGACCACUCACAAAAAUUAAUUACAUGUGCUGGAAUAAGCUUAGU